CCACUCCCUUUUGGUGACGCUAGAUGUAACCAAGUCCCGUCAGUAACAGCGAUAUCCACUCCAGACAGUUGCGUCACUCCAGAUCUGGAUCAGUCUUUCUUGGAUGGAUGUUUUCUGGCCCAAGAUAGGUCGAACUGGCUGCUUUCCUGCUCUCAUGACCAUCUCGGACGAGCUCUAUUGAGUUAGCAGUCAUCACCAAUACAGAAUAAUGUCGGAUUUCGACGAGAACCCCUUCGGCCCGCCGACAGUAGAUGAUCCAUUUGCGGAUCCAUCUGUCCAGCAGGUGACAAAUCAUUCGAGUAAUGUUCAACGUGGUCUUGAAGAGUUUAAUCCCUUCGCUGACCAACCUUCACAAGUUACGACUAAUGUCAGGGGUGCUUCAAACCCGCCGGACUAUGCACGGCAGUCCCAACCUGCUGUUAUGCCCACGACUCACCAAGAGCCUCAGUCAAACUUUAACAGGAACCAAGCGCAGACAAUGUCACACGCAGAAUUCCAGAGACGUCAAGAAGAACUUGAGAGGAAAGCUGAAAAGCUUCAGAGAAGAGAGGAUGAACUAAGAAAUAUGACAUACAAUGGUACUUUAUGUGAAAAUACCAUCCGUCUCAAUAACUGGCCACCCCUGCCUAAGAAUUCAUGUGGACUGGAGCCUUGCUUUUACCAAGAUAUCAAUGUGGAAAUCAAUGUCAAUUUCCAAUCCGUUGUUAGACAACUUUACCAUUUGUGGAUAUUUCAUUCACUUCUGAUGGUUGCCAAUGUAAUAGGGACGCUUGUCCUUUUGAUCACAUAUGAAAUGUUUGGAUUUUUUGCACUGUCAAUUAUUUACGCUCUAAUAUUAACACCAUUUUCAUUCCUGUGUUGGUAUAGACCAGGUUACAAAGCUUUCAGGGAUGACAGCUCAUUUAACUUCAUGGUUUACUUUUUUAUAUUUUUUUUCCAAUUUAUUAUUACUGUAUUUCAAGCGAUUGGACUUCCUUCUGGAGGUUUUUGUGGCAUUAUUAUCGCUAUUAAGGUAUUUGACAGAUCACCUACAGGAAUAAUUGUUGGACUUUUGAUCACAUCGAUUGCUUUGGGAUUUUGUGCUGCUGCCAUUAUGGACAUUUUGCUAAUUUCUAAGAUUCACAGGAUUUAUAGAAGUUCGGGCGCCAGUAUGGCUAAAGCCCAAGCAGAGUUCACAACUGAGUUUUUGAAGAACGAGCACGUCAGGGGGGCUGCAUCCUCUGCUGCGACUGCAGUCGUUCAGUCACAGUUCCAACAAGACAGGAACGCACCUCCUAGGUACUAGGAACUGAGAAGUCGUACUUUGUUUUAAGCCUGCAAAGAAAGUCAUGGUGAAAUAUGACUUAUUUUCAUUUAAAAGUUGCCUCAUUCAUGAAGAUAUAUUUAUUGCACUCUUGUGUAUUUUACAUAUUGUAUAUAGAAGAAAUUGGAAAUAUAAAAUAAUAUGAUUGCAAA